AUGGAUCCGAAUAUUCGCCUUGAACGCUUCAAGCCUGAAGAUGUCCCAAACUACAUGAAAUUCCUACAGUCUGAUUUUCUAAAGCGGAACCCGAUGAAUGUGGCAUUACAUACUGAUAUGGAGACGACUGUAAAAGUAUUUACAGGACUUUUAAAUCGUGGUUGCAACGAUUUUUCGGCAAUACUUUAUAACGAGAAGGACGAAAUUGUUGGAUUAAUAAACUGUAUAGUUCGUAGCCGAGACGAAGCCGGCUAUGCUGUGCAUUGGAACGAGGAGACCGAUAAGCAGCCAAUUUUGCUAUUUUCCCGGAAGCAGGAUGAAAAGUUUGAUACGUGGAAUCGCUUCCCAACCGAGAUUGACAAAGUUCUGUGGAUCUCCCUGAUUUCAGCCCGAGCAGAUUAUGCUAGAAAAGGACUUGCAAAGCACCUCCUGGCACACUCUUUAAAACUGGCGAAAGAAGCUGGGAUUUCGGGUGCGGCGGCAAAUGCUGGAGCUUUUCAGUCACAACAGUUGUUCAAAUCGUUCAACUUCUCCGUACUCGUCGAAGCCGUCCACGCCGACAUCCUUGACAACAAGGGGCGCCAAAUUUUGAGGUGUCACGACGAAACCCGGAGCAACCAACUCGUUUUCCGGUUGAUA